AUGGCCAUCGAACGAAACCUUUCAAAGUUAUCUGAAGGCAAUGUUACAACAAUAACGACCGACGACCGACGGACAACAGCGACAGCGAAGAUACAAGAAAAUAAGUUGUCAUCGUCAUCAUCGUCACCAUCAGCCUCUGCAUUUUGCCAGCGUUUUGAUCGUAAGGGAGCGCUUAGACAACGUAAAAUGUUGUUAACAAUCCAUCGAAACGGCGACAUUGUCGACAUCGGCGCCGCCGCCGUCAUGUUAGUUGCUAUUUCCACAAAUUUGAAAUCACAAAUCUUGGAUAUUGCCGAAUUUACUAUAAAUUGCUCAUCGAGAGGCCAUGAACAUCAAAUCAAUUUGAUACAGUGUCUCAUAGAGUACCUACUACCAUUUAUUCAUCUAUCUAGCCAACGAGUGAUUUACAAAAUGCGUGCUUUCAUUGUCUUGUGCAUGGUGGCUGCUGUAUGCGCCCAGUACAACUACCAGCCCAGUAGCUCUUCAGGAGGUGCCGGUGGUUUUGGUGGUAAUGGAGGUCAUGGUGGUGUAGGAAGCGGCAAUGGAGGUCAUGGUGGAUUCGGCGGCUCUGGAGGCUUCGGCGGCAACAGCGGCAACUUUGGUUCCAGCGGCGCUGCUCCCCAAGGUGAUUUCCCCGUUGGCGGCAGUGAUGGCGGUUCUUACGCUCCCCAAGGUGGUGUGCUCGAGAAAGAAUUCUUUACCUUCACCGCCGACGAUAGCGAAUUUAACGAUCCCCAUUCAGCCAACGAAUUGGCCAACUCUGUCAAACAAGGUCUCCGUGUGGUCUUCAUCAAGGGCCCCGAAAGCAGUGGCUUGGAAAAUGCCGCCCUUGCUUUGGCCAAACAAGCUGCCAACCAACAAACCGCCAUCUAUGUCCUCAACAAGCAAACCGACAUUGGAGAUUUGGCCAACAAACUCAACUCCAUCAACAGUGCCAGCAACAACAAGCCCGAAGUUCACUUUGUCAAAUACCGCACCCCUGAAGAUGCUGCCAAUGCCCAACGUGCCAUCCAAGGUCAAUAUGACUCUUUGGGCGGCAAAACCCAAAGCAUUAAUGGUGGUGUUGCCCCAGUUCUCAACUUUGCAUCUCAAGCACCCGCUGCCCGUGGUCCAGCACCUGCUGCUCCUGGUGCUUCUUACUUACCAGCUUCGAUCUUCCGUUCUUAA